AUGUUCGGUACAAGUCUGGCUGAUCGUCUCAAAGCUGCCGUCAAUCAAUUAGAAGCUACAGGUACUUCACUCCAAAAUCGAACUUCCACGUCCAACCUACACCCUUCUUCCCCAAAAGAUGGUCCUUCUUCACCUCUCGUCAAAUCCCCUCCUCCUACCAGUCCUUCCAUCCUAGGUAUCUCAUCGCCUCUCGAAACUUCGAAGAGGGAAUUAUCACCCAGUAAAGAUACUUCUCAAUCUGCGACAUCACCCACUAAACAUGCUCCUGGGAAUCAUGGAUAUGUUCAAGCUGGGGCUUUGGCAGAGAGUGCUCUCUCAGGUUUGAGGAAGAGUUUAGCAUUUGGGAGAGUAUCUAUAGAAGGACACAGAACUCAUUUGGGUUCUUCAAAUGGUAGUACGAUAACUUCACCGCUCAUAUCUCAAGAUGGUCAAUCCACUUCGCCUAAUCCUGGAGUGUCCACAUCAGCAAUGAUCCCUACACCUGGUUCUCCUGCCAAGUUCUUGCAAGUCUCACAAUUCUCCGUGGGAUCAGACUCUCCAAGCGCUUCGAACACACCAAGAGCUCGAACGCCAAUACCUCCACAAACAGAUAUCGCAGUGAAUCCUCUAUACCCUCCGCCAAAUCCAAAUGAUCCGGCUACCUACCCUCUCCCUCCCUCACCCGACAUCAGCCCCUCGACCGUGGAACUGCGCGUACCUGAUCUGAAAGAACACACGGAUCCCAUAGACUCCACGGGGGAUGAUGAUGCUCGCGAUGGGACGGAAGAGACGGACCGGGCAUUGCAACUGGCUGGAACUCCUGAAGAGCAGCUGGCGAAGCUAACAGCAAAGUAUCAAGAAUUAUCUUCUCAACAUACCAUGGCUACAGAGCAAAUCGAAGCAGCCAAUAAGAUUAUCAAAGAGCUCACUCCUCUGGAAGGUGGAAUAAAAGACAUAGAAGCUUUAGAAGGUUGGAUCCGAAUGAUGACUGCCAAAGUGGAAAUGAUCACCGCUGAGAUGCAACGACUCCAAGCUCAAAUCAAACUACAAGAUUCUAGAAUGGAAGAGAUCCGUGAUACACAUCGUCUAGAAUCUUCAUCUCAACAAGAACUCAUCACUAAACUCCGGAAUCAACUCUCCACCGCUGAAACCAACUUGGCUCAGAGAGCUACCGAACUUCUAACCUUGGGUCAACUAAGAGCGGAUAUAUCAAAAGCACAGACUACAGCGAAAGAGGAAGAAGAGAAGAGGACAAAGGCGAUUUCGUUGUUGAAAACCGUCAGGGCGAAGUUGGUGAAAGCGGAGAAAGAUAAGGAAGAGGUAGAGAGGGAUAGAGCUGAGGAAAGGGCUGAGAGGAGUAGAGCUACGGAAGAGACUGAGAGGGUGAAAGCGGAGAAAGAGAGGGAAGUGACGGCUUUGAGGAAAGGUUUCGAGCGAGAGUUGGCUAGUGCCAAAGAAAGGUUUGAGAAAGAGUCGCAAAGUAAGAAAGCCGCAUGGGAGUUGGAGAUGAUCACUACCAAGGCCACCCACGCUAAAGAACUUUCAUCCAAAUCCACCAGAAUAAACUCCCUCGAGACUACCGUAAAAGAACUCGCCACGACAAAACAACAGCAGUUCGAACUCCUACAAACUCGUCAAGCCGAGUCUGAAUCCGCUUUAUCUGAGAAAGAAACUUAUCAAUCACGUACGAAAGAACUUGAAUUCCAACUACGUGAAAUGACCGAACGAUGUAACCUUCUCGAAGAUCAAUUAUCCUCUUCGUCUUCUUCCCUUCUUCCCACACGUGGUCGGGCGUUAUUACCGAAUGGUUCCUCGUCAUCCAGCGUCUUACCAGGUCCAUCAGGAACGUCCGCCGUGGAUGUCCAACGUUUACUCGCCGAGGCGGAGACGAAGGCAGAAGCAAAAGUCAACGAACUCCGUGCGAGAAUACGAGCGUUGGAGAAAGAACGGAAUGAUGUAGAGGAAGAAUGGGCAGCUAAAAUUGGAGAAAGAGUGAGAGAAGUCGAAAAGUUGAGAAGAGUGGUUAUGGAGAAAGAGAAUGAAUAUGCGGAUAGUUUGAGAAGUAGACAAGAGAAAGAUAAUGCUAUUUUAGCAAAGGAAGAGGAGAGAAGACAAGUUGAAAAGGAAGUGUUGGUUUUGGAAACUAAAAUUGAAGAAGCUAGAGCCGAGGUUGUCUUGGCAGCUGAAGCGGAGAAACUAGCAAGAGAUGAAAUAUCUUCUCUUCAAAUACAAAUAACAACACUUAACACUCAACUUGAAGAUUCUAAAAACCUAUCGAAUCAACUUCGACAAACCAACAAAACUCUCCGUGAUGAACUUCGUAAAGUUCAAUCCAGCGUACAACUCAUGGAACGUCAAAGGAAUCCAGGUGUGGGAUAUUGGGGAGCUAACCCAUCAAACACGAUGGUGGCUUCGGGUUCAAGAUCAGGUUCAGGUUCAGGUAUGAUGAGUCCUAAUUCUGAGAUUUUGAGGGAAGGUGAAUUGAGAAGGAGUUUAGAAAGUGUUGUUACUAGUCAACCUGGAGAAAGGAAUGAAGAGGAGGAAGUGAAUUUGGAGUACCUACGUAAUGUCAUUUUACAAUUUUUAGAACAUAAAGAAAUGAGACCGAAUUUGAUAAGAGUUAUGAGUGUAAUCUUACGUUUCACACCACAAGAACUACGAAGGUUGAAUGCCAAACUUUUGACUUGA